GUGACGUCACGCCGACUGUAGGCGGGGUGCGUGACGUCCGCAGGUCGCGGCGUGGACUGCCUCUCAGCUGUGUAACCCCAUGAUGGCGCGCCGGCUCCGCUUUUGGGAAUCCUCUCUUUUCGCCGCCUUCCUCUUUAGGCAAACCGGGGGUAGAGCUGCAAAGAGUAAGACGUGUUACACAAUCAGGCGAUUGAGUACCCAGCCGGCCAGACUUCCCAGAAUGGAUUAUCAGGAUGCAAUUUGUACACUUAACACUCUUCAGACUAAUGCCAGCUUCUUGGAGCAAGUCAAACGUGAGAGGGGUCAGCCACAGAUGCAGCUUGAAGCAAUGCGACUCUUUCUACAGCGUGUUGGCUUGAAGGUGGAAGACUUAGAUCGGCUCAAUAUAAUUCAUGUGACUGGGACAAAGGGAAAGGGAUCAACAUGUGCAUUUGCUGAAAAAAUUCUUAGGAACUAUGGGCUUCGCACUGGAUUUUAUAGUUCUCCCCAUUUGGUGCAAGUAAGAGAGCGAAUUCGAAUAAAUGGGCAGCCAAUCAGUAAAGAGCUCUUUACAAAGUACUUUUGGCAGGUCUACAAUCGCCUAGAAAAAACUAAGGAUGCCCACUAUGGUACAAUGCCAGCAUACUUUCGCUUUCUAACCUUGAUGGCAUUCCAUGUGUUUCUACAGGAGAAGGUUGAUUUAGCAAUAAUCGAAGUUGGAAUUGGCGGCGCCUAUGACUGCACCAAUAUUAUUAAGACACCGUGGGUUUGUGGAGUAAGUUCACUGGGAAUUGAUCACACAAGCAUCCUUGGAGAUACAAUUGAAAAGAUUGCAUGGCAGAAGGGGGGGAUAUUUAAGCCUGGUGUCCCAGCAUUCACAGUGAAGCAACCUGAAGGCCCAAUGAGAGUACUAGCAGAAAGAGCCCAGGAAAUUGGGUGCCCUCUACAUGUUUGUCCAGACUUGACUCCGUAUGAGUGCGAAGGCCACAGACUGCCUCUGGGACUAGCAGGAGUGCACCAGAGAUCCAAUGCUUCAUUAGCACUGCAAAUAUGCCGUAGCUGGCUCCAGCAUCGAGGAUUUUAUGCUGACUUUCCCUCUAUUGAAAAGAUGGAACAACCCACUCAGGCUUUGUUGAAUAGCAGGCCAGCCAUGGCUACUGCUUUCCUGCCCAGUUCUGCAAUGGCUACUGGACUGAGGGAGACGGAAUGGCCAGGUCGAACACAAACUCUUAAGCAUGGCCCGAUUACUUACUAUCUGGAUGGGGCACAUACUACAAGAAGCAUCCAAGCCUGUGUUGACUGGUUUAGGGAGACUGCCAUGUUGGAGGAAAAGACCACUGUUGGUUCAGUUGUUCGUGUACUACUGUUCAAUGCUACAGGUGAGCGAGACUCUCCAGCUCUGCUUAAACUUCUCGUGCCUUGCCAGUUUGACUGUGCUGUGUUUUGCCCUAACAUCACUGAGGCAGUUUCUUCAGCUAGUGCAGACCAGCACAACUAUAACGUGACUGUGGAGAACAUGCUGACACGCUGCUUAGACAACCAGAAGAGUUGGUGUUGGCUCAGUGAGAAGGAAGUAGUUCCGAGAGCAGAGCUACUUUUGCCAGGAGGUCUCCCUUUAAUGACCGGGACUGUGCAUCGAGGAGUUGAAUCCCUAGUUUUUCCAUGCAUACACAGUGCUCUUAGGUGGAUUACUCAGGGUAGAGAUCCAGUUAUGGAUUACUCUGGGAAGCCCAGCACUCUGGCCACAAUGCAGCCUGGUGCCAUAGCAGGAGCUCGGACUCUGCAGGAGGCAGCUCAUAUACAAGUACUGGUGACAGGAAGUUUGCACCUUGUUGGUGGUGUUCUAAAACUCCUUGAUCCUGUAUUAUCUCAAUAGUUUUUUGUUUUAGGUGCUUUUGUUUGCACUACUAUUUAUUACAAGGUGGCAGCUGGAAAAAAAUAAAGAAAAAACUAAAACCAGAAGAAAAUAAACCUCAAAGGAUGUGUCUACCACAACAUGGAUUUUAGAAACAAGAUGAUUGAAAACCUUAUGAAAUCAAGUCCAUCUUAAUGUUUGCUACUCUUCCACACCUCUUGCUGCUGUGAUGGACCCCUGAGUCUUUGAAUUUCAUGUAUAUUGUGUAUUUUCAUAUAAUGCAGGGGUUUGACUUUUUGGGAAAGUUUGCUUCUGCAAGAAGCUACAUUUCAGAUACGUUGCGUAUCACAAUAUCCAGGGUGUCAAGCCUGUGCGGUCCAGCUUUCUGCUGUUGUCCUGAUAAAAGUGCUGAAGUUUAUGGAGAAGCAAAUUUCUCAGGAUUCCGCUUUUGAAGUAGGUGUGCUGCAGCUUGGCAUAAUAAAAGUAGCAUACUUUAUAAUGUUUUGCAGCUAUAGAAUUGUGAAAGCUAUUUAUUACUGUAGCUGGAAAGCCGUCUCUUAGCUGAUUAUUUGCCUAAGAUGACUUAUUGCAGCAUUUGAGAUGCCUGCAGGCCUUUUUAUCAUAAAAUAAAUUAAGAAAAACUAAUUAUUAAUAGUGAAAAUCUAAUUUAGUGCUUGUUUACCUAUAAUGAAUGUUUUGCAGUGACCUAAUAGUUUUGCCAAAUUUGUCUGAAGUAGUAUUUAUUUUGUUUUUGUAACCUAUUUUAAUCAGCAAAAUCCACAACAGGAGCCAAGUCUCUUUGACUGUUAUGUGCUGUAAGCUGCAUUAUUUUUGCCAGUAUGGAUAAAAUGGAAAGUUUUUUUUUUUUUCUUGGAAUGCCUUGGAUACACAUCAGCUGUAGUUUACAGAGCUUUAAUCGCAAAUCUCAGACCCUUAGCUCAGAAAUCAAAAUAUUCUUCUUUUAUUCAUUUCUCUUAGUUUUAUCCUGUUUUUCUAGGUUUGCUGAUUUUCUAAUAUAUCUGUGUUUUAAGUGGUUGCCAAGUUAUGCAGUGACAUUCCACCAGCCUUUUUUGUUUCCGAGACCAAUGUGCCAUAACUGUGUGAUGAAGUUACGACUUUACAAAUAGGUUAUAAAAUUACACAGCAACUAAUAAUCACUUUGGCAGAGUGUUUUUUUUUCUUCCCCCUCUCUCUUAAAAGAUGAUUGUGCAUGUAUAGUAGGCAUUUUUUAAAUAAUUUUAACUACGAUCAGUUGGUUUACGCCCAAUAUGCAUGUGUUUAGAGAAGAUGAUGUUCAGUGUCCAGUCUUAGUAGGCAGUUCAUGUAUUAAAACCGGAGGACUUCUCACCCAUACACCCCAGGCGGAGUUCUAAACCUCUUGUGUAUUGUGACAGUGACUGCCGAUUUCUUUACUCCACUAAACAAUAAGAACAAACACUUGACCAUAGUACAGAUAGUCCAGCCUCUAAUGGUAGUCGCCCCCUCAUAAAUCUUUACUGAUAAAUGGUUCUGUUUUACUGCUUUACAGGACUGCUAGUUUUCAGGCCAGCCAGUUUUUCCGAGUUUGUUUAUUAAAAGUAUUUGCUAAGUAGCCUUUACUUUGCUUUUAUCAUCAUGGUCAGAAAAGCGCAGUAGUAAGUGUUCUUCUUCUUGAGAUGUUAAAAUGUUGGACCCUUUUUUGUGCUCAUUAACUGAUUAUUUCCAGAAAUUCAGGUGCCUGACCAGUGUAUUUGUCAUAUUCUUGAUAAAGCAGAAUAACUUGAAUUUUGCUUAUAUCUGAUAUACAUAUGUGAUUCUAAAAUAACAAGACAUAUGCUCUGUGUGUAAUAAGAGACCAUUUUAUUACUUUGAUGCUUUUUGCUGUCAUAUGUAAAUGGAGAAAGCAUUUUUGUCUAUCUGUCUUCUCGGCCUGCUUUACGUAAAUGUGUUUUGCAGUUAACUCACUUGAACUAUGUGCUUGUCUAUUCCACGCUUCCACCCUCAAUUGUCUGUGACGUUUUUUAUGAAGCCCCGCUUUGAAUAGAUGAUGCAGGCUCAAGUAGGCAACAUACAUUUUAGCAAAAUUUGCAAGACUAUUGAAUGAAUUGAAAACCAUGAGUCAUGGAGUCUCCAGGAGCAGAAUGGAAAACGGUUAUGUAGAGCACUAUUUCACUUACGUCUUUUAAAAAUGAAGUGCUGCUCCAUUUUGAGUCUUUUAGGCAUAACUGUUUUGAUGCUCUCAGCAGAUGAUCUUGUAAAGUUUGUAAUUUUGUUGUUGUUAGACGGGUGAACCAAUAUGAGGCCAUGGCACUGUACUAGAAUACACAGCACAUUACACUGGGACUCCUACACCAGACUGGAGUGGUGUCGUGAGACAUGGAGUGUGGCUCUGUUUAACGUCCUAAUGAUAGCAGUGUGUUACUCCAGAUUGUUAUUUUAAGAUAUGACUGUUUCCUUCUAUUUCAAUCAACACACUCUUCAUCUGCCAGGCUUACUAGUUUUAUAUCUGUUCACACCCACAUCUUUUCUGCAGGCUGAGACCACUUCACAUUGUUCAGAGGGGCUGCCAGUUUUCCUGAACCUUAUUCAAAAAUGUGUACAAGUUUAUUGUUUGGCAUUAAUGUGCUUCAGAUGUUUUGUUAUUUUGGGAACACUUGAAGUAUUUAUAUUAUGAGGAAGAAAAAAUUGUGAUGUUUCUGCUUCAGCAUAUAUCUUGCAAAACUGUAGGACUGUAGGGUUAUUUUUAUCAUAUGUACAGAGUACUGUAGAAUUCUCAUGGUAGUGAAUGUUGUCUAAAGCCGAUGUCACAUUACGCAACUUCUUUUUGUGGGGUAUGUCAUAUUUACGGACCACAAUUGCUAAUUUUUGUCACUGGACCACGUCGGUUUAAACAACUGCUCAUGUCACAAUUACCGACUUGAGUACCGACCUUGCCCUUUUUCUGACAGCCAACAGCGUGCUGUCUGAUUCAGCCGGUGCACUACUAAAGGGUUAACAGGUAUGGCAAGUUCAGCCACAGUCUUGGGCCAGUUCUGUUGUGAUAAAACACGAGAUAUCAGACAGACGAGAGUCUCUGCUGUUUGUGAGGUCUGAAACACCCAUGUUCCUUACUCCUCGUCGCUGCGUUAUAUGAAUUGUACUUCUGAAUGAGCAUUCAUUGCUUGUCAGCUCUCCUGAGCACUGUGCUGUCUCCACGACAAAAUCAGAACCUGUUGAUUUUAUCACAGGAAGUCGCAGACUAGUGGGAGUGAGCUGCUGGGUUUGUCAUGUUAGUGACUGGUGGCCCAGCUCACUAAGAUUACGUAAAUGAAUACUGCAACUGAAAAUCACUGGAAAAGUCGUGUAAUGUGACACAGCGUUAAGGAAGAUGUGUGAAAGAAUUGUUGGCUGGAUUUUGGUUAUCGCCAUCCCAUUUUUUUUAUGCGUUUCUUCUUUUUUUGGGUUAUGACUGUAAAUUGGCACAAUUUUGUCAUUUUUAGUAAAACAUGAAUAAAACUUGAGGCAAGUGACCUUUUACAGGCUGAUUGGCUUGGACAGAAAGGUGGAAGUAAAGCUGAUUUAGCGCAUCCUUUUCAAAGAAGUGAGGUCUGUUAAUAACAGCAAAAAAUAAAAGAACAAAACAACAUGAUUGUAAAAUGUGAACUUUAUCAUCGAUUUUGUAUCUUUUCUUAUGUCUUGUCAUAUUUUCACUUUAAGAUUUAUUUUCAAGCUAUUUUCAUUCUGACUUAGUUGUUGCCCCCCUCAUCUCCACACAAAUCCUGGUUUCGUUUUUCAGCUCCAGAUAUGCUCAGUCCAAAUAAAGUUAGCUUUUCUUUAAAGAUCAAUGGGAUUGGAUUACAUGAAGUUCAUAAAGACUUGCCGGUUAUGUUAUCUGAUGACUGUAAAUUGACGAUGUGUGAGUGGGCCCGGUCAAGGACUGCCGCUCAAUCCAGGGAAGCUUCUGAUGCUGCCAGGUUAGGCUCUGCCCCCCAGCCCUAUUUUGGGUUAGGUGGGUUAUGUUGGUACAGAAAGUGGUUUUGACACACAUGCAUAUUUCUGCCCUUUACCCCUAAAUGUAGGUGUUCUGUAUAAAUCUAGCACUUUAGCAUUCUUUAAUACUGUUGUGAAAAGAAUAUUGUUUCUAACUUUUUAAAGUGUUGAGUAGCAGUAAAUAAACUGUAGGAUUUAA